CGGGAUUCUUGCCUCGGCACCCUCUUCUCCCUCUCCACCACGCUCGAGCGCGACGGAUGACUGGGAACCAUGAACGGGAUGCUGGAAUACCAGACACAAGGCUUCAAUGGCUAUGCCGUGAAGUACUCGCCUUUCUUCGACUCGCGCAUUGCCGUGGCCAGCUCUGCAAAUUUCGGGCUUGUGGGUAAUGGGCGGCUGUAUAUCUUGGGGCUGACUGCGGAUGGGAUUCAGGCCGAGAAAUGGUUCGAUACGCAAGACUCCCUCUACGAUACGGCAUGGUCAGAAGCACACGAGAACCAGAUCGUUGUGGCGUGUGGCGAUGGGUCGGUGAAGCUAUUCGACAUCGCGCUGAACAACUUCCCCGUGCAGUCAUGGCAGGAACACAAUCGAGAGGUGUAUUCCGUAUCGUGGAACCUGGUCUCGAAGGACACAUUUGCUUCGAGUUCGUGGGAUGGGACCAUCAAAAUCUGGUCACCACAACGCCCAACCUCGAUCCUCACUCUCCCUACCCACUCCUGCACAUACAGCACCGCCUUUUCCCCUCACUCGCCCUCUGUCCUCUCCUCUGUCUCGUCCGACUCGCACCUACGGAUCUUCGACCUUCGCACACCCGCCUCUGCGUCCAACCACCUCGUCCACCUCAUCCCUAUCCACGGCGCCCCGCCUGCCCCCGGCUUGCCAGCCCGGCAGUCCUUCCCCCCUUCCGAAUGUCUCACGCAUGACUGGAACAAGUACCGCUCCAGCAUCAUCGCCACCGCGGGCGUCGACACCAUCAUCCGUACCUUCGACAUCCGCAACCCGAAGGCGGGGCCACUAGCACUGUUGCCGGGGCACGAGUACGCGGUGAGAAAGUUGGCGUGGAGCCCGCAUCUCAGCGACGUGCUGCUGAGUGCCAGUUACGAUAUGACAUGUAGGGUGUGGACGGAUGGGACGAGUAAUACUCAGCAGGACGUGUUUCGAGGUGGGGGAAAGGAGCUAGGUCGGUUGGGUCGGCAUACAGAGUUUGUCACAGGGGUGGAUUGGUGUUUGUUCGGAGCGGAGGGAUGGUGUGCGAGUGUGAGUUGGGACCAGAGAUUGUUGGUUUGGGACGUGAGGGCCGUGAUGGGGCAAUGAUGGGGGAUGUGGAGAUGUGAAAGACUGCCCUGCUACGAGGAGACAAUGAUACGCAAGGCCGAGAGGGAAAAAGCACCAGAGGAUCAUGACGGACGUCUAUUAUCGGCUCAUGAGAGGAUCCAACGUCUAUAGAAGGGGCAUCGACGAAGCACGAGGAAGGAUACCACGGCGUUAUGGCGUUUGUAGAAACACACGCUGAGCGUUAUAUGGACGAUGCAUUACAUGUAGCACCACCCUUCUUAUAGACCCAA